AAAGUGGCAGAUUGGGAUUGGCAUGGGGAAGCUGCCGACGAACGUGCGCAUGCUCAUGCGCCAGACGACGCUGCCGCGCAUCUCGACGGCGACGCCCGGCGUCCAGCGCGCGUGCAUCCUCAACUUUACGCUCUCGCUCGCGGGUGCGCCCAUGAGCUUUGUCUUUGCCCAGCGCUCCGAGGUCUUCUCGACACUCUUUGCCCUCUCGGGGGCGCUCUGCGUGCUCUCCGUGCUUGGCGCUGCCUUGGGCAUGGUCAAGACGACACCGGCGCUCGUCCUCGCCAUGCUCCUUACGAUCGGUACCUGCUACGGCGUCAUUUGCACGGGUGGGAUGGCCAUUCUAUACCUUCCGUUCGUCGCGCCCGAGCUCGCAGGCUACACGGACACGCUCUACGCGCGAAGCGUGUUGUUUCAGCAAACACUCGCCGAUAAAGUGAGCCGCGAACGCGCCUACUUGAUCGCGACCGGCGUUGUCCUUCUCUGCGUCGCCAUAACGUCGGCGUACACGGUCCGCAAGCUGCACUUUGCGCUUGGCGAAAAGCGGUCGGCUGUCACGUUUCUGCAGGCCUUUGGAAUGGGCAUGAUUCCGUUCUCGUUCAUCCUCGUGGCAGGCGGUCAGUACAUCAUCUCGUCACGGACCCUCGCGACCUCGCCUUACACGGGCAUCUUUACGUUUCUCUGCGGCAUUCUGGUGCUGAUUCUGGCGCUCAUGGCAUUCAUUGGCUCUGCGUUCGAGUACCGACGGCUCCUCAAUACGUUCAGCUGGUUUGCAUUCAUCCUCGCCAUCUUCUUGCUGGCGAGUGCGAUCGCGUCGCUCGCGGUCACGAGCAGCAUCGAAAGUAGCAUCGUUGCCACUUGGCCCACGAUCCGCGUCGUCUUGCCGCCGACGCUCCAAGCGCGCUACGAUCAAGGCCAGUUUGUACUGUUUGUGCAGCGCAACUUGCGUGGUGUCGCCUUCAUGGCGAUCAUCUCGGGCGCGUUCCUCAUGCUGCAAGCGCUCUCGGCCAUCACACUCAACGACAUUACGCAUGUUGUCAAGCGCCGCCACGCCCAGGACAAGCGCUGUCAACUCGACCCGAGUCUCCACCCCGAGUUUGCUGCGCGCCGUGACUGGCACCGCUUGUUCAAGGCCUCGAAAAAGUCGCAGCGGCUCUUUAUGCGUGUCUCGUGCGCGUUUGCGAUGCUCACGUUUCUCAUCAUCACGGUGCUCAUGACGCUCACGGUCGUCUUUGCGACCCAGUGCGCGCGGCUCAGCAAAGCCGAGAACGCGACCACGCUGCCACUGGACCCGAACGCGACCCUCGUGACGCUCUCGCAUUCCUUUGGCGCCGGCGCGCUCAUCGUGUCGCAAGGCAACGCCUCGGCGGGCCACGUCACCUGCCAGCAAAACGCCAUCAGCGACAAGUACUUGGCGACAGCGACGUUUCAAACGGUGGCGACGUCGGUCAAGACGACGAGCGCGUUUGCGGCGUCGCCCUUGAGCAGCUCGUACUUUUUAGGCGUCGACACGUCGUGCCAGCUCGCGGUGCUCGAGCUCGUGUUGCCGAAUACGACUGCCGCACCCUUGCUGCAGCUCACGUCCUUGAUGGCCGAAGUGAAUGUCAACCUCCUCUCACCCAAUGAGGACAUUUCAUCGACGGUGCUCGUUGGUAUCAAUGUAUCAACGGACCAAGCCAACGUCUACGUCGUUGGUGCCUUUCUUGGCGCGCAAGCACUGACGAUGCGGUCCAACUCGGGCGAACUCAACGUCAGCACGAUCUAUGUCAACGCGACGGGUGCAAAUGGAGGGAAGAAAAGCACCGUAUUGGCAUCCACGCUCGGCAGUGCCUCGCUGCUCAACUCGUCGUUGACUGACAGUCCGCUCGUGAUCUCGACGGACGCCAGUCCCAUCGUUGUCGCUCAAGUCACCUCGCAAGUGACGCGCGGAUAUAGCAUGAUGACGCUCUCGACGCAAUCGGGCUCGCUUCUCCUAAGCGACGUCACGACCGAUCGCAUCGAGCUCCAGUCCACCUCGGGGGGCAUUCAAACUGAAGCGUUGACGGCGACGGACAAUGGGAUCUUUCCUGGUCGUAUCGAUGUCGUCACGAUCGGUGGCGCCGUGCGAAUGCACAACACUGCUGUCGAUGGCUACGUGCAUAUCGAGUCCAACUCGGGCGACAUUUACCUCCAUCUACAGAGCACGUCGUUUGUUGGCUUUUACUAUGCGCGGUCUGAAUAUGGCUCGAUCACGGUGCAGAAAAGCAAUUUUUCCUACGAUACGCUCACCGAGCUGCCGGCGCAAGACCCAAAGGAAGCCAACGGAUUCAUCAACUGUGGCACGAGCUGCAACUACCGAGGGGACAUUUACAUUCGCAGUCAGCACGGCAACAUCAACAUUGUGCUCGGGUGUGAGAACCCGACGUGCUCGUAAGACGCAUCGUCUUCAUAUACGUGAGAGUAUGUUAAGUUGCC